GCUUUUAUAGCCUCCUGCCUUUACCCAGCCAAUGAAGUCGCCUGAAAUAGGGCGGUGAGAACAUCUCGACCCACUCAAAUGCACUGAAGUUCUGUCAGACAAAGUCGGCGCUGGAGGAGUGGGGUGUCUUCUGGACCCGUUGUCAGUUUGGAUGAGACCAACCAUGGCGCCCAGUCAGGGUUCCAGGAUGCUCAGUAAAGAUGAUGCGAAUUAUAAACUUCACUUUCGGAUGAUAAACGAGCAACAAGUGGAGGACAUCACCAUCGAUUUCUUCUACAAACCGCACACCAUUACUUUACUGACGUUCACCGUCGUCAGCAUAAUGUACUUUGCGUUUACGAGGGAUGAUAGCGAUUCUGAUAAUAACCUACGUGUGGGUCUGCUGCUGGUUGGCUCUUUCUUUCUUGUUAUCAGCGUUCUUGCCUUCCCCAACGGUCCUUUCACAAGACCACAUCCUGCUAUAUGGCGCAUGGUUUUUGGUCUCAGUGUCCUUUACUUCCUCUUCCUGGUGUUUCUCAUCUUCCUGAACUGGGAUCAGGUGAAGACGAUGUUGUAUUGGCUGGACCCCAAUCUACGUUACGCCACCCGAGAAGCAGAUAUCAUGGAGUAUGCAGUAAACUGUCACGUGAUCACAUGGGAACGCAUCCUGAGUCACUUUGACAUUUUUGCUUUUGGUCAUUUCUGGGGUUGGGCAAUGAAAGCUUUACUCAUCCGCAGCUACGGCCUCUGCUGGAGCAUCAGCAUCACAUGGGAGCUCACAGAGUUGUUUUUCAUGCACCUCCUGCCAAACUUUGCAGAGUGCUGGUGGGAUCAAGUCAUUCUUGACAUCCUGUUGUGCAAUGGAGGGGGCAUUUGGCUUGGCAUGACUGCGUGUCGCUUUUUAGAGAUGCGUACCUACAGCUGGGCCAGUAUCAAGGAUAUCCACACAACCACAGGCAAGCUGAAACGGGCAGUUUUGCAGUUCACUCCGGCCAGCUGGACGUAUGUGCGCUGGUUUGACCCCAAAUCCUCUUUUCAGAGGGUGGCUGGAAUCUACCUCUUCAUGAUAGUAUGGCAGCUCACAGAACUGAACACGUUUUUCUUGAAGCACAUCUUCGUAUUCCAGGCCUCUCAUCCUCUUAGCUGGUGCCGUAUCCUCUUUAUUGGGAUCAUCACUGCCCCCACAGUGCGGCAAUACUACGCAUAUCUAACAGACACCCAGUGCAAAAGAGUUGGAACACAGUGCUGGGUGUUUGGGGCAAUUGCUUUCCUGGAAGCCCUGGCUUGUAUCAAAUUUGGACAGGACUUGUUCUCUAAAACACAGGUUCUUUAUGUCGUCUGUUGGCUUUUGUGUUUGGCUUUCAUUACUUUUCUCUGUCUGUAUGGUAUGGUUUGGUACGAGCAGAAUUAUGGGAAAAGACUGAAGAACAUUGCAUACCUUGACGACAGCACCCUUAUUGACCCGUAUGACCACAUUUCUGAAACUGCCAAAGCAGAGAAGAACAGUAAUAAUUCCACUUCAUCACGGAGAAGAAAAGGAGGCUCUGGAAAAAACAAAACAAUCAAUGGAACAAGCAGCAAGAAGUGACCACAGCUAGAGACGGAUGAUCUCUCAAAGGACCACAAGGAGUGAAAGAAUGAAUCUGUCAUAAAUGGUUAAAGAGAGGUAAAGCGGUUAGCUGGGUGAUAGUGUGCAGACACACAAAGUGGUUCUAUAAACAGAGGAUGCAUUCCAAACCACAAGCCUCUGUCUCUACAAUGUACUAUUGUACACUAGUUUUUAUUUUCAUAGCACUUGGAUGGAAACAAUGAUUUGUGGUAUGCCAGAAUUACGGGAAAUGACACAAUGCACACUUUCCAGUGGCACUGAUGUGGCUCUCAUAUUUGAAUGUCGGAAGUGUCUGAGCCAGUGAAUGUUUGUGAUGGCUCUCCUAAUGAAAUGAGCUCAAUGCCUCCAGGCUUUCUGUUAAACAUAAUGGGAGCAUUAUUCGACUGACUAUUACCAGUAUUGUUAGUGCAGACCAAAACCUGUCUUAAAUUUUGCACAUUUUUCUCCACUUGCCCUGUAAUCACAUACCUAUGCAUUGAUAAGGGUAAGAACUUUUUAUGCAACAUGUCACUGUGAGCAUAAAACAAGGUCUACUUUUGUGAAAAACCUUUAAGCACUUGUUUUAAUGUACUAUGAUCUUGACACAGAUGUUUUGUUAUCACAUUUUCAGUUUUCUUGUAUUUGCUCUUUUAAAUUAAAACUCCAGAGUGGUAGAAGGAGAGGCAGGUCGUGACCUUUGGCAUUAAAAGCUGUUGAUUUACUUAAAUGUAAUAUGAUUCAGCUUUCUCUGGCAAUAUGUAAAGUUGGUUUAGAAAUGGUGACAUGAUCUGUCUUUUUUUUUUUCUAUACUUUUAUAGUUUUUGCUUUGUAUGGUAACUUUUGUGGUAAGAUUUAUUCCUAUGAGUAUGUGUGGGCAUGUGAAUGAAUGAUUUUUAGACCCAUAAUGUUUUCUCUGUAAGGCCUUUAAAUGACUAUGCAUUUCUACAUGCAAUUUCUCAAAAUAGCUGUAAUUUUUGCAAAAACAAUUUGCUUUUUUUGUAGACAGGAAUGUUUUUUUUUCAUGGGUUGUUAAUACUAAAUGCAGCAUAUGCUUAUAUUAAGGUACUAUAUUUUUUUGCCUUAUUUAAUUUUUUUUUUUUUUUACAUUCUGUUUUUCAUGGACAAAAUUGUUGAGCAAUACCCAAACUCUUAGUUAUACAAAAUCUAAUAUUUUUCUCUGGAAAAACAUCAAAACCUAAAAUAACUGUUAAGGUGUCUAAUUAUGAAUUUUGUGUGGAUCUGCAGUUCUGAAGGUGACCAAAAUCUGCAUAAAAUGUGAUGUCAAACUUGAAUCUGCCACAGCAGUGUUUUCAUAUUUAAUUAUUUCAGACAUUUAAUUUGAUAAUCAGGAACAAUAAGGUGUGAUCACUUUGUUAGAUAUUUUUAUCAGUGUAUGAAUGAAUGGUUAAACUUCUCACAGAUGUGAAUUCCCUCAAGGGGAUGUUAUUUUCACUUUCUUAACGCACUUAUACUGUAUCACUGAGUACAAAUUUCAAAUAAAAUACUGAGUUGAAGUCUUG